UUGAGGAAGGGUUUUGCUUUUUAUGCUCUUUAUUGGGAAGGCAGAUAAAAUGCCAGGUCUGGACUGCCUCUGGGGAUAACCUCACCCUGUGUGAUGUGAAUGAAUAGCAUCUUGCCUGGUAAAUCCCCAGGAAUUGAUAAGACAAGCGCAGUUCUUCCACACAGGCCGUUUCUCUUUUAGCCCUAGCUGUGGUUUCUGCAGUAAUUUUGUUUUGCCUUAAAAGAGGUGCUCUGGAUUUUCAGACCUCCAUGUAUGACAAUUUGUACCUGCAUGGAAUUGAAGACUCAGAGGCUGAAGAAUAAUGUGAUGUGUUACCCAAGAUGGUGUGAACAGAGCUUCAACCCAAUGGAGAAGACUAGGCCUAAAUAGCUGACCUGGUGAAGUGACAAAUAAAGCCACACCUGGAGUGCCACAUCCUCAGCAGCCUUUCUCAGUGCCAAUGCAUUUAUGGCUGGUUCAGCAGAUUCCUACACAAGCAGGCCAUCUGAUUCUGAUGUCUCUUUGGAAGAGGACCGGGAAGCAAUUCGGCAGGAGAGAGAACAGCAAGCAGCUAUCCAGCUUGAGAGAGCAAAGUCCAAACCUGUAGCGUUUGCUGUGAAGACGAAUGUGAGCUACUGUGGUGCCCUAGAUGAGGAUGUGCCUGUUCCGAGCACGGCCAUUUCCUUUGAUGCCAAGGACUUUCUGCAUAUUAAAGAGAAAUAUAACAAUGACUGGUGGAUAGGAAGGCUCGUGAAAGAGGGCUGUGAGAUUGGUUUCAUCCCAAGCCCACUCAGAUUGGAGAAUAUAAGGAUUCAGCAGGAACAGAAAAGAGGACGUUUUCAUGGAGGGAAAUCAAGUGGAAAUUCUUCUUCAAGUCUUGGAGAAAUGGUAUCAGGGACAUUUCGAGCAACUCCCACAUCAACAGCAAAACAGAAGCAAAAAGUGACGGAACACAUUCCUCCUUAUGAUGUUGUGCCAUCAAUGCGUCCAGUGGUGUUAGUGGGGCCGUCACUGAAAGGUUAUGAGGUAACAGACAUGAUGCAGAAAGCCCUCUUUGAUUUCCUGAAGCACAGGUUUGAUGGGAGGAUAUCAAUAACGAGAGUGACAGCUGACAUUUCUCUUGCUAAGAGGUCUGUCCUAAAUAAUCCCAGCAAGAGAGCAAUAAUUGAACGUUCGAACACCCGGUCCAGUUUAGCGGAAGUACAAAGUGAAAUUGAAAGAAUCUUUGAAUUGGCGAGAUCUUUGCAACUAGUUGUUCUUGAUGCUGACACCAUCAAUCACCCAGCACAGCUGAUAAAGACCUCCUUAGCACCAAUUAUUGUUCAUGUCAAAGUCUCAUCCCCAAAGGUUUUACAGCGGUUGAUUAAAUCUAGAGGAAAAUCCCAAAGUAAACACUUGAAUGUGCAAUUGGUGGCAGCUGAUAAACUUGCACAAUGCCCUCCUGAAAUGUUUGAUGUUAUAUUAGAUGAGAAUCAGCUCGAGGAUGCGUGUGAACAUCUGGGAGAAUACCUUGAGGCGUACUGGCGUGCUACGCACACCACCAGCAGCACCCCCAUGACCCCACUGCUGGGGAGGAAUUUGGGCUCCACUGCACUCUCACCAUAUCCCACUGCAAUUUCUGGGUUACAGAGUCAGCGAAUGAGGCACAGCAACCACUCCACAGAGAACUCUCCAAUUGAAAGACGAAGUCUAAUGACCUCUGAUGAAAAUUAUCACAAUGAGAGGGCUCGGAAGAGUAGGAACCGCUUGUCUUCCAGUUCCCAGCAUAGCCGAGAUCAUUACCCUCUUGUGGAAGAAGACUACCCUGACUCAUACCAGGACACUUACAAACCCCAUAGGAACCGAGGCUCGCCUGGGGGAUACAGCCAUGACUCCCGACAUAGGCUUUGAGGCUGCCAACACAAAAAAUAAAAAAUAUUCAUCUGUUGACUAUUUGCCAUAGCGUUGCUAGGAUAAACCAACAUUUUAACUUGGCAAGCAUAGCACAGUACUUACUGUGCUUGUGGGCUACUGUCUUUUGAUGCUAUGUAAGGGGCAAAAAAAUGUACAUUAUGCCCUUGAAUCUAGAUGGAUAUUAGAUGCUCAAUCAUAUAGAUAUUUUUAAGUGCAACAUUUACAUGAUAACAGUACCUUUUGUUUUCUUCAUAGAUUAAGACACGUCAAUUUGUAGUCUAGGGUACUUAUCAAGGCACAUAUAAAAUAAUUUCCCAUGCUGGAAAUUCCAAAUGACCAGUUCCAGUUGGAACCAAUUUAUAAACCAAUUCCUGUUGGAAUUUGGGUGAAUUGACUAGAAAGUCUACUUGAGCAUGUUGCAAUCAAUUAAAAAAAUUGGGAAAAAACCUAAUUAAUAAGAAAAUCAAGAUAAAAAUAGAAGCCAAAACCAGCUCUGGUAUUUAUUUGCUGGAAGCUAAAUUUACACUUAAAAGUUGGAUGUGUAAACAUUUUAAUAUAUGUUAAUGUUGCCAGAAUGGCUUUUCAAACUUACCAAAUGUAUUGAUAGUGCCAAAAAAAUUUCAGAAAUCUUAAUGCAAAAAUUAUUAUAUAAUCUCUUCUGAUUUUAAUAUUUUUAUUUUUUUCCUGGCACAGCUGUUGUAGUCAAAGUGUUUUGCUUUCUGUUCAGUCUGUACCGUUAGCGUGUUUUGAAGUUGGCAAAAAAAGAAAAGGAAAGAAUAAAAACUUCAAAAAUUUUAGUUGUUAAAAGAGAAUAGUAAUGAGAAGGCCAAGAAUAGCCGAUUAGAAGAAAUUUAAAAUGAGGUGUUGUUUCUUCUUUAAUGCACAUGAGCACAACUGCACAUAUCCAGGGGUGUGAAGUCAGAUAGCAAGGGUGUUGUAUAGAUCCUCCUGAGUGUAAAGCUAAACCUCUCCAGAUGGGAGUUCAUCUACCCACUUAACACACAUGCAAGGUCAGUAUUUCCUGCCAGCACAACUGGGAAUCUUUCCAUUGCUUCCCUCAGUCUCUGUCUUUGAAUAUCUAAAUAUUCUAGCCCAUUACUAAAGUUUUUAAAAAUCAUGCUAAAGAUUUUUGUUUUCCAUGGUAACAUUCAAAUUAGAUGUUGAAAGCUAUGUUAUUUUACAAAAUGAUUAAUGGGAAAAAUUCAAAUAAAUGAUGAAUUUAAAAACUUGCAGUUAAGGGACUGGGGAUUUAGCUAAGCGCCUGCCUUGCAAGUGUGCAGUCGUGAGUUUGAUCCCCGGUACCAACAAAAAUUUGCAGGUAAAAAAUCAUAGAUUCAGAAUACGUCUGUUCACUAAAAUUACAGCAUUCUUAUUGAAAAAUUAUGAAGAUUUUAGAGAUUGAGCUGACUUUUAUCUAAUAAACACUGCUCAUUGCUUACCAACAGUUCAGUUUUUUCAGUGACUGUAAUUAUGAAUUGGUGGCCUCUGUCUUACAUUAUCAAGGGUUCUUUAGAUUUAUUAUGGUCCAAAAAUUUAUUGAAAUUGAUCCUUUUAUAUAAUACAAAAUGUAUUUAUGAAAGAUUCUUGUUUCUAAAAUUCUACAAUCCAUUCAUGUUCUAAAACCUAAAUAGGAUGAGACAUAAAAGAUUUUUUUUACAUCUCAUGAAGCUGAUUUUUGAAAACAGAAAUAAUUAAUUUUGAGGCUGGGGUGUAACUCAGUGGUGGAGUGAUGACAUGGCAUGUUUGUAGGCCCUGAGUUCCAUCCCCAGCAUCCCCCCCAAAAACCUUGAAUAAUUAAUUUUGUAUUAUCUUAUGUUUCCCCAAGUUCUUCAAUAUUCAGUCAUGAAGUAUGCACUAGUUUCUGUUAUUUUCUUGAUUAAGAAAAUGUCUCAUAUUAUUAUUUAUACAUACCUUAGACCCUGUCAUAACCUCAUGACAUGCCAUCCCCUCAUCUUGGCUUGAAUCUUUAGCUGAUAAUGAGGAUUCCUAUAACUCUAUUCAUCAUCUCAAACAUUUGGUGCAAUUAAAUAGGGGCUUAGUAAAUUUUAAAAGUUAAACUUCACACUGGCUUGGGAAAUUCUUUUGUCAUCUAGUGAAACAUAAAGAACUUUCAGUUAAAACAUUUAAAAGAACUGUAUCCAUUAGGCUGUUUAAUAAACACCUAACCUGCCAUCACUGAAUACUUUGUUAAAACACAGAAGCACUUUUUCCAGCAAACAAAAAUAUACUUAUUACAUGUACAGCACAUAUUUGCAUGAGAAAGAAAACAUUAGCCAAAACAUUCUUCUAUAUGCUUUACUGGUUUCUUGUUUGUGCGCAUUAAAUUAUUUAAUUGCAGAGUGCACCAAGGUGUAUAAAUUUAGACUAGACAGCCGUUCAGCUUUUUCUGUAGUAGCAUUAGCAAUUUGGUCAUUUAACUAUUUUAAGAUAUUUACAUUUUAUGGCAGGUAGCUGAGACAGCAUUUACAUAUAUUAAAAAGAUUACCAUUUUUUUAACUUUUAAAAAACCACUUGUUUUUAAAGAUCUCUCAAAACUUGUUUCUAGCCUUCCAUGUCAUGAUGAAAGAUGGAGGCCCAUUCAAUAUCUGUGCAUAAAACCAAUCCAUCAUUUAUCAUCAAAUGUGCAUACUUGUUUUGCUUUGCAUUUUUUAUCCAAAGGCUAACAAUCUUGGAAAGGGUAUAAUGUAUAUUUUCUUGAUGAAUAUAUUUAAAAUAUCACUUUAAUUUGGAAUAUUCUCUCAACUUCUAUUAUAUGUUUAUCUUCUCCAAAUGAAUGAGAUAUGCAUCGUCCUUUCUUUUAAAGCCUUAGAAAUAUAUUGUGUAAAUGAUACUACAAUCCAAGUAUAUAAUAAAAAGUUUUAUUUUUGUCAAGCAUACCAAGCACCUUUGGAAAAUGCAUAUUCCACAAAUACUUUCUUUUUUAUUGAUGUCAUUUAAAAUAGAAAAUUAUUACAAGCAAGAAAAAGGAGUCAUAAUAUUUUGAGGCUGUUUGAACUGGUAGUGUAAACCAUAUACUAGAAUUCUGUAAUUUCAGUCAGCAUACUUAUAACAAUGUAGACUCAUGUGACAAUAUGCAAAUACAGUCCUGAAAAGAAAAGGAAUGCAGUUUGUCUCUUCUGAUGUCAAUUCUCAUGGAUAAAAUAUGACUCCAAUAUUAUAAUCAACAGUGUUAUCUUGUUUACUACAGUGUUUAAAGCAACACUUGGAAAUGUUUAUAAAUGACUGAUGAGUCUGUCUUAUCUUUAUAUAGUUCUUUCAGAAAGAAGAUUGAAAUUGUUAACAAUUUAGACUAAUGGUCUUUCCUAAUAAGAGUCUUAAUUUUGUGACUAUACAAGUCAUUACAUUUCAUCCUUAAUGGAAUGAAUUUUUUAAAUGUGAAACAAAUUCUGAGAAAAUUAUGUGUUCCCUUUAAAUAAUUUGUUAUUUACUCAAAUUAUUAUUGUUGUUUGCAAAAUGUAUUUUUGAAAUGUUAACCUCUUUUCAUACCUGCAUACUUGAACUUGUCUUUUGUGUGGGGGCCUUAAAAUUUCUAAUAGAAAGCGGGGCAGUGAAAGUGAGUGAGGGAGAGAAAUCUUGGCAAAAGAUGAUUUACAAAGAGUAAAGACUUUAAACCAACAUAUCACAAAUAUUAUUGAGAUCCAGGAUGUAAAUGAAAAGUGUUUCUAGGCAACCUUAAUUUGCAUGCUAAAGUAUUUUCUUGGUUGUACAAUUUUACUUUGGUAUUUGUUUGAAAAGCAAAACCAACAUAAUAUCACUAUAGAAAUUGCCCUGUAUGGAUAUUUAUACUACCUCUUCGCUAGAGAAGACAGUCUUGUCUUUAAAGGGAAAAGUACUUGUCAAGAACUAGUGAUCAAAUUUCUUACUAUUACUGCUAACCUUGCUGCAAAGCUAAAUGCAUAAUGUGUUGAAAUAGCUUUCUCUUUAGAUUUUAACCUGCUUUCCAAAAUGCUUUUGUCACCCUUUUUUCUUUAUGUGAGUCAAGUUUUCUUUGAAUUGGUUCACAUUUAUUGUGAGGCAUGGUAAAUUUAACAAGUCAUCAUAGGGAACAAAACAAACUGCAAAAGAAUUUACCUUUUAUACACCGGUUAUGUCUAUAAGAGAAAGGUCCAGAGACUUAACACAGUUGGUUUGCAAAUUCAAAUUUUGUUGAUCCUUGACUUGUGUAGACAUCAAGAGCACAGCUUAGCUACUUUCUGGUUAAGAAUGUGUGUUAGCUUGGACAUGUAACUGGAACAAACUUCAUAUCAAUAUUUUGAAUAAAUACUUAACCCUUAUUCUUUUUAUAUCUCUGCCUUUGUCUUUCAUGACAAUGUUGCAUGUUGAUUUUUUAAUUAUAUAAAACUCACCCGAGAAUGAAUGAAAACUUUAUAGGAAAUUAUGUAAUGAAUCUGUUUCCUUAGUUCCCUAUAUCUUUAAAUACUGUCAGUACUGUAACAUACUUAUUUGGGCUGUGUCUAUGCUGCAGAAAACAAUCCUUUUUAAAAUGAUAAUCAUGAUCAAAUCAAUCAGUAUAGGAACUAUAAGAAUGACUUUUUUCUUGUUGCUAAUCACAUUAGUCAAAACAGUGAAGUUGGUUUACAUGGACAGACAGAGCUUCAGCAUUCAAAAAUUAUUUUAGAAGUUUCUUUUUUAAUUAAUGGGUCCUUCAAUGAAAUACAUCCUCUGAUAGCAGUCAUCUCUGUCUAGUUGUGGAUGAUUUAAUCCCAAAUGCUGCAUGUAAUUGAGGUAUAUUUUGAGAAGAUUAGAAAGUGUCUCAUAGAUAAUCUUAAGGGCUGUAACUUCCACUUGCCAUGAAAAACAUAUAAAUAAGAAUGAAUAGUACUGACUUUUGGGAAGUCAGUUUAAUGUAAAACUUUCUUUUGGUUCUUUUGAUGGAUGUAAAAAGAAUGUGUGCAGAAAGAUGGUAGAAUAUGUUAUGAAUGAAUUUAAAGUGGUUUGAGGAAGGCACUGAUGCUUCCUCAUUUGAAAAUUAUAAGGAGUUAAAAAGAACUAUCUAAGAAGUAAAAGUGGCGGGCCUCUAUCUUUUCAAUAUUAAGUGUUCUUGGUUAUGUGUUGAACACUUAAAUUUCUCAACAAAUGGCUAUGUCUCAUAUAUGUAGGGGCCUCUCUUGCCCUACUUGCAUGCCACUUUCACACACUUUUAAUUGAAAUCAGUGUGAAUUCUGUAUGCAUAAUGGAUGUAUUAAAGAUGUGGGAUCAUUGAUACUAUAUUGUUGCAUACUAUUUUUCAUAUGCCUUACAAUAUUUUCUGGGACAUUAUUAAAAUGAAAGCAUUUUAUUGCCAAAAUAAAUCUAUGUUGUUACUUCUGCAUUAGCAGUAGAAAAAUAAUGUAGCAAAAAUAUAUACUGUACAGUACAAAAUAAUAAAAUAUAUAUAUUUUGCCAAUAAUAUGAAUAGAUUGAGGAGAAAGAAGCACAUUUCUUAUAGCACAAACUUACAACAAAACCCACUGUUAAAUUUGGCAGUUCUGUUUUUUAAAAGUAUAUAGAUUUAGUUCUAUUUAUUUCAUCUACCAUCUUUUUAACUUGCUGCUUGAUACUUUUCCAGCAAUUUGUUUCAUAGCCUUGCAAUCUGUGGAUGUAAUUCUUAUUUUGCUCCUGUCCAUAAAACUUAUUAAAUUUUAUUUUGUGAUAAGACUCAUACUAUAUUUUCUGUUCUUAUUUCUUCUCCUUCCACAACAACUACAAAAUGUCACAGCAAAUGCACUUAUAGGGCUGUUCUGAAUUUUAUGUUUUUCAUAGCCUCAAGUUAGAAUGACCAGUAAAGGUGUCCCAUUAAAAAAAAUUAAAGAUUCUUUAAUUUGUUUUGUAUGAAACACUAUUUUAGAACAUUCAGUUAAAGCCAUUAGCUUUGCUUUAGAAGGGUUGGUGGGAGGGAAUAAAAAUAAAGUUAAUAUAAAACAUACUAAAAUAAAUAUGUCAAAAAUGAUGUAAAAAGAUUUCUCUACAAUUCAGAGGGCUGUUGAUACCCCUGACUAUUACUGUAUCUGCAGUGAUAAUAUGAGGGAAAAAAUGCCUUUGUCAAAUUUUUUCUUUCUUUAAAUUUUAGUUAUUUAUUUUGAUAAUUUAGCCCCCUUUUAUUUUUUAUAUAGGUCUGUGUAUCAUUCUACAAGGCAUGCUGGGUAAAAUAUACUAUGCAAAUGUGUACAGUGCUGCAUGUUUUGUUCUCCUUUUGCUUUAGUGGCUUUAAAGGAAAAAAUGUGGUGUUAUUUUUGUGAACAAAGACAUUUAACAAAGAAAAUGCAGAGUGCAUGCAUAUAGUAUCCUAAUUUCUAUGGAUUUGUUUUAUGGAAUUUAAAUGUAUACAAAACUGCAUUAAUUUUUUUCUUUUAUAUAAUAAAUGACUGAAACCAG